UGAACCUUUUGACAAUUUUGACGGCGAAGACGAUAACGUAAUACGGUUUUUUGUUGUUGACUUUUCGUUAAGCCGGUUCCUGUAUCUGGUGAUUUUAGCCGAUUGAGAAAAUAAUAUUAGUUUGUUGUUCAGUUACGUUUCAAAGGUUGUUAUUUAAAACAUUACUUUCACUGCACUGUUUCGUCAUUCGAUUGGAAGGCUUAUCACCACUAGGAGUCAUUAGUUUAGUUCGAAGCAAAGCUUGAGCUCCUCACAGUUACUAUCGAAGUUUCACGCGAAAAACAUCUUAAACCGUACACAGCAGAAAAUGUCCAACGCGGAAUUUUGCAACUAUCGGUCCCCACUGAGCACUCGUUAUGCCAGUAAGGAAAUGCAGUAUUUGUUCAGCGAGCAAAACAAAUUCGCCACAUGGCGCAAGCUGUGGAUUAUUCUGGCCAAGGCACAAAAAGAACUAGGACUUGACAUCAACGAUGCUCAGAUCGCCGAAAUGGAAGCUCACAUUGAGGACAUCGAUUUCAAAGCGGCUGCUGAGGAGGAAAAACUCACUCGCCACGACGUGAUGGCCCACGUGCAUGUGUUUGCCAAGCAAUGCCCAAUUGCGGGCCCUAUUAUUCAUCUCGGAGCUACAUCCUGCUACGUUGGCGACAAUACCGAUUUGUUAAUUCUUAAAUCCGGUUUGCAACUGCUUCUGCCACGAGUUGUGGGAGUGAUCAAAAAGCUGUCGGAGUUUGCCGUCGAAUAUAAGGAUUUGCCUACGCUGGGUUUUACCCAUCUUCAGCCAGCUCAGCUGACAACGGUUGGAAAGCGUUGUACACUUUGGAUUCAGGAUUUUCUAAUGGACGAACGUGCGCUGAGAAAUUGUUUGCAAAAUUUACGUUUCCGAGGCGUUAAGGGGACAACCGGAACCCAAGCAUCGUUCUUGCAGUUGUUCGCUGGUGAUGGAGAGAAGGUUAAGCUUUUGGACAAGAAGGUAACAAAUCUGGCAGGAUUUGAACGUUAUUAUGCUGUUACUGGACAGACAUAUUCAAGGAAAGUGGAUUUGGAAAUUGUUUCAGCUCUUUCUAGCCUUGGCGCUACAAUCCACAAAAUGUGUUCAGAUUUACGUUUACUGGCGUCCCGCAAGGAAAUCGAGGAACCAUUCGAGCAAACUCAAAUCGGUAGCUCGGCUAUGGCCUACAAACGCAACCCGAUGCGGUCGGAGCGCUGCUGUGCUAUUUCUAGACAUUUAAUUGCGCUGCACUCGAAUGCUGCGAAUACACUUGCCGUUCAAUGGCUCGAACGGACGUUGGACGAUUCAGCGAAUCGUCGUUUGACACUGUCCGAAGCGUUCCUAUCGGCAGAUGCUUGCCUGCUGACGCUGUUAAAUAUUUCCCAAGGGCUGGUGGUGUAUCCUAAAGUAAUCGAACGGAACAUAGCCCAAGAGUUACCGUUCAUGUCAACUGAGAAUGUCAUCAUGGCCAUGGUGAAAGCAGGUGGUAAUCGGCAAGUGUGCCACGAAAAGAUUCGAGUUCUGUCUCACGAAGCCGGAGCACAGGUUAAACAGCAUGGCAAGGAUAAUGAUCUAGUCGAACGCAUCAAAGCGGAUGGUUAUUUCGCACCGAUUCUAGGUGAGCUUGAUAAGAUUCUAGAUCCCAAAACGUUCACCGGACGGGCUGCUGAUCAGGUGCUCGAGUUUGUCCGUGAGGAAGUGGACCCAGUGCUGGAGAAAUAUGGCAGCAAUAUCGAAACUAAAUCAGUUGGGUUGGCUAUUUAAACUGCAGGUCCCACGUGGAACGUGUGGAUCGUGUUUAAAGCUCUUCUUUGGAAAUUUAAAUGAAAAUGUAAAACACAAAUGAUAUCGAUUAUUUUAAAACAGGGACAUAAAAUAUAUACAUAUUUUCUUACAAUUGCCCUGAAAUGAAAACAAAACAAAAACAAGAUGAUUCGUUAUAUCAAUAAAAUAAUCUAAAUUGAAUAAA